CAGCAGUUGCACGUCCAGUGGAUUAACCUGAGUUAAACAUGCUGAAGAGAAAACCAUCUAAUGUGUCUGAUAAGGAGAAAAGUCAAAAGCCAAAGCGCACGAGCAGCUUUGGGAGCUUUGACCGUUUCAGGCAUCACUCAAUAUCAAAGACAGAUGAUUCAGCUGAGAUAUCUGAGCUGGAGACUAUAAGUGAUAUUGGGGAAGCAGUACAAAUCAAAGCAGCAAACAAUGGAGGAAGUCUGAGCAAGAAAAUGAGAGCCAUUUCACUUACCAUGAAGAAAAAGAUGGGUAAAAAAUACAUCAAGGCACUCUCUGAGGAGAUGAAUGAAGAGGGAAAAGAUGACAGUGAUCCUGGUGGUGGAGCACAUACUGAGAAGGUCUCCCUGAAAACCAGUGACUCUUUGGAAAGUCUCUAUAGUCUGAACAGCGGCCAGAGCUCAUCUAGUGGGGUGACCAGCUGCUCCGAUGGCACGAGCAACAGGGACAGCCUCCGGUUUGACGACGAGGUCCCCUACAACGGCCCCUUCUGCGGCCGAGCCAAAGUCCACACUGACUUCACACCCAGUCCUUACGACACCGACUCGCUGAAAAUCAAGAAAGGAGACAUCAUAGAUAUCAUCUGCAAAACUCCCAUGGGCAUAUGGACAGGCAUGCUGAACAACAAAGUAGGAAAUUUCAAGUUCAUUUAUGUGGAUAUUAUCUUGGAAGAAGAAGCUGCACCCAGAAAGAUAAACCCACACAGAGGAAGCAAAAGGACCAAGCCUAAAACAUUGCAAGAGCUCCUGGAAUGUGUCCAGCUGCAGGAAUAUGCCUCAACCCUCCUGCUGAAUGGAUAUGAAACUCUAGAGGACUUAAAGGAUCUACAGGAAAGCCAUCUUAUUGAAUUAAAUAUUUCGAACCCAGAAGACAGGGCAAGAUUGUUAUCAGCAAUUGAAAAUCUCCAGGACUGUGACAUUGAAGAACAGCAGAAAACUGAGGGUGGUCAGGAGACACAGAACUUAAGCCCUCACCAGAGUUUUGACAAAUCACAGUUAAAUGACUGUCCAAGAGAUUCUGGCUGUUACAUCUCAUCGGAAAAUUCAGAUAAUGGUAAAGAAGAAGCAGACCCAGAAGCCCUGUCUGACAUGGUGCAGUCAAUAACAAUCAGUGAGUCAAACUGAUUCAGUCCUGCUGCUUUUCUGCAGAUUUUCAGAAGAAACAAUCACAUUUGUCAGUAUGAUGGCACAGAAGCAGAACACAAAAUAUUUUCAACACUGAAAAUCUACUUUUUUCUGAUUCAUGAUGCUCUAAGCUGUUUCAUAUGUGGGCACUUGAUAGCUAGAUGUUAGUUGAUAAUAAGGAUUUCUCAUGUUUUUCUUUUCAAUGAAUCCACAGGUAUUUCCCUGAAAAAGUUUAUACAGAAGUAUUUAUAAAUAUUUGUACAGCGAAUGCAUUUUCUAUAAAGUAGAGAAUUUUUUUAGGUAGUGGUUCAUAAUCUGGAGAUGUUAAUUUCUGGAACUGUCCAAAAUGUAAAUAUUGUACAUAUUUAUUUUAAAAAUAUAUGGAUUAAUCACACUGUCUCUAUUUUCAGCUGUGUUUUGCUGAUUUGUGUACAGAAUGUAUUUUCAUUGAUAUAUCAUCAUCAUAAAAAGGUGGAUACAGUCACACCCUACUUUGAAAAGUACCAAGCCAAUUCUCACUACUAUAAAGCUCUUUCACACCACUUUUCUCCAAAAUGAGCUCUAAAGUAGACUGUCAUUUUUCCUGGAGGCAUGAGAGCACUGGGGUGAAUCUGAAUUCAGUUCUCUGUGGUCCUUAUCUUGUGGAAGAACAGAGCCAUCUGAAUGGCUUAUGCAGUGGCAAUUCUUUUAUGGUUCUUUUCACACCUGUUCUCAUUUGUCCCAAGCAUUAUACAGAGAAUUCAAACUCAGAGGAAAAAGUCAUCAGGAUCAAUGCUAUGCUUUUAUGAUUACGUUUUGUGAAGAUGUUGCCUUUUGUGUGUGGUGUGAAGUUUGUUAAUAGAGUAUGUGUUUGUAUACAGAACUCGGAAGCUAACAUGGUUACUGUACAUGACUGUCUUUCAUAUGAGAUUUUAUUGUCUUUUCCCAGUAUAUUUCACACUGGAAUACACUUUUUAACUGCCUGUCUUCUUUUAGAGUACUUCCUUCAAUAAUAAACAGAAUCAUGUGUUUAAGCCCUUUUAAAAUA